ACGCGGGGGGCGGAUAUAAAAACCGGAGCGCCGCUUUAAUCCGCAGCAGCAGCAGGAGAACCGGACCCGCUUCAGACCUCCGAACCUUAGACCGAACACAGCCCAGACGUCAUCAUGCCUUUUGGAAACACCCACAACAAGCUGAAGAUGAACUACUCUUCGGAGCAGGAAUACCCCGACCUCAGCCAGCACAACAAUCACAUGGCCAAGGUGCUCACGCCUGAAAUGUACGCCAACCUGCGCGACAAGGAGACACCCAGCGGCUUCACCCUGGACGACGUCAUCCAGACCGGAGUCGACAACCCAGGUCAUCCCUUCAUCAUGACGGUGGGCUGUGUGGCUGGAGAUGAGGAGACGUACGAGGUGUUCAAAGACCUGCUGGACCCCGUGAUCGAGGACCGCCACGGAGGAUACAAACCAACAGACAAACACAAGACGGACCUGAACGCAGACAACCUCCAGGGCGGAGAUGACUUGGACCCCAACUACGUGCUGAGCUCAAGGGUCCGGACGGGUCGGAGCAUCCGUGGGUUUUGUCUGCCGCCACACUGCAGCCGUGGAGAACGCCGGGCCAUCGAGCAGCUCUCCAUCGAAAGUCUGGAUGUUCUGAGCGGGGACCUGAAGGGGAAGUACUACGCCCUGAAGAACAUGACGGAGGAGGAGCAGCAGCAGCUGAUCGAUGACCACUUCCUGUUUGACAAGCCCGUCUCCCCGCUGCUGCUGGCGUCCGGUAUGGCCCGCGACUGGCCCGACGGCCGCGGCAUCUGGCACAACGACAACAAGACCUUUCUGGUCUGGGUGAACGAGGAGGAUCACCUGCGCGUCAUUAGCAUGCAGAAGGGCGGGAACAUGAAGGAGGUGUUCAACCGCUUCUGCACCGGACUCACCAAGAUCGAGUCCUUGUUUAAGGAGCGUGGACACGAGUUCAUGUGGAACGAACACCUGGGCUACGUCCUCACCUGUCCGUCCAACCUGGGGACCGGACUGAGAGCCGGCGUGCAUGUCAAACUGCCCAACGUCAGCAAGCACGAGAAGUUCGGAGAGAUCCUGAAGCGACUGCGGCUGCAGAAGAGAGGAACAGGUGGAGUCGACACCGCAGCGGUGGGCGGAGUCUUCGACAUCUCCAAUGCAGACCGUCUGGGCUUCUCGGAGGUGGAACUGGUCCAGAUGGUGGUGGACGGCGUUGACCUGCUGGUCAACAUGGAGAAGCGUCUGGAGGCCGGAGAGAGCAUAGACGACUUGAUGCCGGAGCAGAAGUGAACUCUGUCACUGUAACCAGACACCUCCUUCCUCCUCCUCCUCUUCCUCACCUGUCACUCCCCUCCUCGCCCUGCCCCCUCCCUCACUGUAACAAGUCCGUCCUGACGCCGUGGGACGUUUAGAGCCGCUCAGUUAGACUUCAGGCUUCCAACAUGUGAAGGAUUUUCUAUUUCCUGUCUGCACCUGUUGGACCCAUCUAACACCUGAAAUAUCUAAUAAAGUCUCUGUGGCCCCAACUAA